AUGAAGCUGCCUUUGCUCGCCGCAGCCACUGCUGGCCUUGCCAGCGCAGCCUCCAUCCCUGUCGAAAAGGCUCAGGCCGAAAUCGCCUCCGUCGCCGCCGACUUGAUCGUUCGUGCCCUGCCUAAUUCGCCUGAUGGAUAUACUCCUGCCAACGUGACCUGUCCUUCCACACGCCCUAGCAUUCGCGAUGCCUCGGGGCUCUCCACCAACGAGACCGAAUGGCUCAAGGUCCGUCGCAAUGCGACCUUGACCCCCAUGAAGGAUCUCCUGAGCCGGCUCAAUCUGACCGGCUUCGAUACCACCUCCUACAUCAACGAACACUCCAGCAACAUCUCCAAUAUCCCUAACAUUGCCAUUGCUGCGUCCGGUGGUGGUUAUCGCGCGCUCACCAACGGUGCCGGUGGUCUGAAGGCGUUUGACAGUCGCACGGAGAACACCACCAACUCCGGCCAGCUCGGUGGUUUGCUGCAGUCGGCCACCUACGUCGCUGGUCUGAGUGGUGGUAGCUGGCUGGUCGGAUCGAUGUUCGUCAACAACUUCAGCAGUAUCGGCGAGCUGCAAGCCAGCGAAAAGGUCUGGCGAUUCGACAAGUCCUUGCUCGUGGGGCCCAACUUCGACCACAUUCAGAUCGUCAGCACGGUGGAAUACUGGAAAGAUAUCACGGAGGAGGUCGACGGCAAGUCCAAUGCGGGAUUCAACACGUCUUUUACCGACUACUGGGGCCGUGCGCUGUCCUACCAGCUGGUCAAUGCCUCGGAUGACAAGGGUGGCCCUGACUACACCUGGUCCUCCAUUGCUCUGAUGGAUGACUUCAAGAACGGUCAGUACCCGAUGCCCUUGGUUGUCGCCGAUGGCCGUAACCCCGGCGAGGUCAUUGUCGAGACCAAUUCCACGGUCUACGAGGUCAACCCCUGGGAAUUCGGCUCUUUCGACCCCAGUGUUUACGCCUUCGCCCCGCUGGAAUACCUGGGUUCGCGUUUCGAGAACGGCACCGUCGCUGAGAAUUCGAGCUGCGUGCGCGGCUUCGACAACGCGGGUUUUAUCAUGGGCUCCUCCUCCACCCUCUUCAACGAGUUCCUCCUCGACAUCAACAGCACCAGCAUCCCCACCAUCCUGAAGGAGGCCUUUAGCGACAUCCUCGAGGACCUCGGCGAGCGCAACGAUGAUAUCGCUCUCUACUCCCCCAACCCCUUCUCGGGCUACCGGGACAGCAGCGAAGCCUACGCGACCACCAAGACCCUGGACGUCGUCGAUGGCGGUGAGGACGGCGAGAACGUCCCUCUCCACCCGCUCAUCCAGCCCGAUCGCGACGUGGAUGUCAUCUUCGCCAUUGACUCCUCCGCCGACACCGACUACUACUGGCCCAACGGCACCUCCCUGGUGGCCACCUACGAGCGCAGUCUCGAGCCCAGCGUCGCCAACGGCACCUCUUUCCCUGCUAUCCCCGACCAGAACACCUUCGUCAACCUGGGACUCAACAGCCGCCCGACCUUCUUCGGCUGCGACCCCAAGAACAUCUCCGGCAAGGCGCCAUUGGUCAUCUACCUGCCCAACUCGCCCUACACCUACGACUCGAACUUCUCGACCUUCAAGCUGACCUACAGCGACGAGGAGCGCGACUCGGUGAUCACCAACGGCUGGAACGUAGUCACCCGCGGCAACGGCACCGUGGACUCCAAGUUCCCCUCCUGCGUCGCCUGCGCCAUCCUCCAGCGCUCGACCUACCGCACCAACACCACCCUUCCCGAUAUCUGCACCACCUGCUUCACCGAUUACUGCUGGAACGGCACAACCAACAGCACCGACCCGGGCACCUAUGCCCCUAGCGUCUUGAUUGCCACUAGCGCGGGUAUGAAGAGCGCGCUAGAUUACUCGGUCAUUCUGAUCGCCACCGCCGUGACGGUGUUUAUGGCUGUGUAG